AUGGGAAUAAAUGAAACCACCAGUGAAAUAAAAAGCAUCAAGCCUAGGGUAGACUUCGAAAUGGGAGGAAAGGGCAAAGGUCAGCUAAAAGAACUAAAAGUCCUGAAGACCUUUAAUCCAAAUAUCAAAGUACUUGUCAGUGUUGGAGGGUUAUCCGAAGGCUCAGUCAAGUUUUCCGAAAUGGCAAGAUCUUCUGCAAAGAGAACAGCUUUCGUCAACAGUCUUGACAUAAAAAGUGUAUUCGAUCCAGAAGGAUGGUUACUCACUGUCCACAUCACCGCAAAACGUUCUGUAAUAAAUCUAGGCUACGACUUGAGAUCUAUCUCGGAGAUAGUUGAUUACAUAAACCUAUCUGCCUUGGAAUAUCAUGGACCAUGGGAUAGGACUACAGGAAUCAUGGCUCCUUUGAGAUCUAAUAAUGAAAAUAAUGUUGAAUAUAUGGUUAAUUAUACCAUAUCUAAGAGAGCUAGCCCCAGUAAGAUAUUAUUGGGUCUUCCGACUUACGGCUUUUCUUAUAUCGUCGAGGAUGAAAUUAAAAGAGGUCAAUAUCUUGGAUUGAAUUCUGAUCAGACAUUUAAGUCAAAGUGGACAAACAAACGUGGAACGAAAUUAGUUAAUAAAUAUAAACUCGGAGGCAUCAUGUUGUGGUCAUUGGAUAUGGACGAUUUCCUUGGCCUAUGUCAUAAUCAAAAGUACCCCCUGCUUUCUGCCGUCACUGAAUAUCUUGAGCAACAAGACAACAGUUACAUACCAAAAAAAAAAGUUGUGGUCGAAACAUAUGGCAAAUGAAGUCUAAAUUCUUAAUGUCAAUGUCUUGACAAUCCCUAUAUGUUUUUAUAUGAUAUAUUUUUAUACGCUGCUUAAUUGUUAUUAAUUGAAUAAAUAUUUAAUGAAGAUA